AUGUCUAAUAGCAUGCGCAAGUGUGAUCGAUGUAAUAGAAGUUUAAAAAAAACAGCUUUUGUUAGUAAAACUGAAAAGCCUACAAAAAUAUGUUGUCAGUGUCAAAAUAAAGAUUUAAAAAAUUACUACACCACAAAUUCUAAUAUUCAAAAUCCUAUUGAGCCAAAAGAAAUAAAAAAACAAUUAUUUAAAUACAUUCUUCAAAUUGGAAAUGAUGAACAUAUGGAAAAUGAAAAUUUGGAUAUAGAAUUUUUGUGUAAAAUAUUAACUACUUCAUUAAAAAAUAAACCUCAUGAACUUGGAAAAGCAAUUGCUGAAAUAGUAGAAUCGACUGAUAGAUAUUACUAUAUGUAUGUGACUACUAAUUUGCUCUAA